CUUCUCCCGCGUCUCUAUGGUAGAGCGCGCUCGGAGGCGGCAGCGGCGGCCGGGGUGCGGGCGAGUGGGUCCAACUUUCCAGCUGGCCUGUGCGGGUCGGGGCGCGGAGGGGCGCGAUGUCCGAGAAGAAGCAGCCGGUAGACUUGGGUCUCCUGGAGGAGGACGACGAGUUCGAGGAGUUUCCUGCGGAAGACUGGACUGGUUUAGAUGAAGAUGAAGAUGCACAUGUCUGGGAGGAUAAUUGGGAUGAUGACAAUGUAGAGGAUGACUUCUCCAAUCAGUUACGAGCUGAACUAGAGAAACAUGGUUAUAAGAUGGAGACCUCAUAGUAUCCAGAAGAAGUGUUGAAGCAACCUAAAGUUGAACUAUUGACUAAAUUCUAGGGCACAGAAUCCAGGAUGAAUAAAUUUAAAAAAUGUUAAUUUCAUUACUUGCUUGGCUUUAUUUUUGCUUUUGUAACACAAAAAAUAAAUGUUUUGAUCUAA